GUCAUUCAAAGUGGCUUCACCAACCCAAAGAUGCCAGUGCUGAGCCUUAUGCCAUGGACACAUUGCUGAAGUGAUGUCAAAGAAGCGAAGACAGAAAUCUACCUCUGAGAUGAGUCUCUCAGAGGAACAGAGUAAAAGGCCAGACUCACCUGUAUUCAGCUCUGUGUCUCUGAAGAGUGAUCAUUCGAAAGGUGAUGUACCGAACUUAAGUGAGGAAACACCGGCAGCUACCAAAAGUGACAGAUCAGGUUCACCUGGAUUCAGCUCUGUGUCUCUAAAGAGUGAUCAUUCGAAAGGUGAUGUACCGAACUUCAGUGAGGAAACACCACCAGCUUCCAAAAGUGAAAAACCUGGCUCACCUGGUUUCAGCUCUGUGUCUCUGAAGAGUGACCAUUCGAAAGGUGAUGUACCUAACUUCAGUGAGGAAACACCAUCAGUUACCAAAAGUGACAGAUCAGGUUCACCUGGAUUCAGCUCUGUGUUUCUAAAGAGUGAUCAUUCGAAAGGUGAUGUACCGAACUUCAGUGAGGAAACACCAUCAGCUACCAAAAGCUUUGUGUCUGUGAAGAGUGACAUUUCCAAAGGUGAUGUACCAAACUUCAGUGAGGAAGCACCAUCAGCUACCAAAAGACCAGGCUCGCAUGUAUCCAACUUUUCGUGUGUGAAGAGUGAACAUUCCAAAGGUGAUGUACCAAACUUCAGUGAGGAAACCCCAGCAGUUACCAAAAGUGAAAGACCAGACUCACAUGUUGUGUCUAUGAAGAGUGACCAUUCAAAAGGUGAUGUGCCGAACUUCAGUGAGAAAACACUAGCACCUACAAAAAGUAAUCAGUGGCAAAAGAACACAGUAAAUAUUGGUUCAGAAUUUGCACGGUGGAAAACUCUAAAAGCACAAAAGGGACUGAAGAGUGAUGAAGAAGUGGCUUUUUAUCUUCUGAACAGGAUUCAGUGUGAUACAUCAGACUCAGACUUAAAGAUUCAGAGACGGCGUAAGGAUUUUAAAGAAAAACUCCUCUCGAUAUUCCAGGAUCUUGAGAACAAAAUAAUCACAUUUCUGAAAAAUGAACUGGAAAAGUUUAAGAAAAUAAUUAAAAAGGAAAACACACAAUACUUUGUGAAGGACUUAAAGGAGGACAGAUACAAUGUCAAAGAAGCAGCUCUUGAUAUCACACUCUACUUCCUGAGAAGUAUGAAACAAAAUGAACUUGCUGAUACUCUAGAAGAUGAGCUGGUUUUUAUUUAUCAACGACAACUAAAAUCAAACCUGAAGAAGAAGUAUCAAUGUGUAUUUGAAGGAAUCGCAAAGCAUGGUGACUCCACACUUCUAAACAAGAUCUACACAGAUCUUUACAUCACUCAGGGUAGUAGUGAACAGGUCAAUACUGAACAUGAGGUAAGACAGAUGGAGAAAGCUUCCAGGCAUCCUGAAUCACCAGAGAAGCCAAUUAAGUGCACAAGUUUGUUCAAACCACCCGGCCAAGACAAGGAAAUAAGAACUGUACUAACAAAAGGAGUUGCUGGUAUCGGAAAAUCCGUCUCUGUGCAAAAGUUUGUUCUGGACUGGGCCGAAGGAAAUGAAAAUCAGGAUAUCAGCUUCAUAUUUCCUCUUCCUUUCCGAGAGAUGAACUUGAAGGAGAAUGAUAGACAAAGUUUGAUGGACCUUAUCAGUCAGUUUUUCCCAGAGACAAAAGGUCUGAACCUCGCAAGAAAUGAUAAAUUCAAAGUCCUUUUCGUCCUUGAUGGAUUGGAUGAAUGUCGACUUCCUCUGAAGUUUGAGGGUAAUGAGACGUGGCGUGAUGUCACAUCUCCGGCCUCUCUGGAUGUUCUCCUGACCAACCUCAUCAAGGGAAAUCUGCUUCCUUCUGCUCACAUCUGGAUAACCACCAGACCAGCAGCAGCCAGUAAGAUUCCUCCUGAGUAUAUUGACCUGGUGGCAGAGGUACGAGGGUUUGAUGACCCACAAAAGGAGGAGUACUUCAAGAAAAGAUUCACGGAUGAGAAACUGGCCAACACAAUCAUUGAUCACGUAAAAAAAUCAAAGAGCCUCUUUAUCAUGUGCCACAUCCCAGUCUUCUGCUGGAUUUCAGCCACUGUGCUCCAGAACAUUUUGGAGAAAAAAAGAAAUGAUGAUGAGGAUCAGGCUGAUGACACCCCCAAAACACUGCAGGAAUCUGGUGCUGAUGAUGAAAUUCCUAAGACUCUGACACAAAUGUACACAUACUUUUUCCGCUUUCAGAUCCAGCAGAGCAGUCGAAAAUACGAUGGAAAAUACUCCCCAGAUAUUUCCUGGGAUAAAGAGGCGAUCCUUUCUCUGGGGAAACUGGCAUUUCAUCAGCUGGAAAGAAAUAACCUGAUUUUCUAUGGUACAGACCUGGAAGACUGUGGUAUUGACCCCUCCAAGGCAUCAGUGUACUCUGGAAUGUGUACCCAGAUGUUUAAGGAGGAAAAGGGGAUAGUUCUCGGUACCACAUACUGCUUUGUUCACAUGAGCAUUCAAGAGUUUAUUGCAUCUCUUUAUGCUCAUUUGUUUCUAGAUAGCAACAAGACAAGUGCAUUUUUCCAAGAGAGCACAGAACCAGAAAACAAAAAUGAAACAAUGACUGAUUUGCUCAAGACUGCAGUGGACAAGGCACUCGCGAGUGACAAUGGUCACCUGGACCUUUUCCUUCGCUUCCUUCUCGGUCUGUCUCUGGAGUCCAAUCGGCCACUCUUACAAGGUCUGUUGAAACAAGAAGACCACAAUAAGCAGAGCAAAACGGAAAUAGUUGAGUACAUCAAGCAGAAAUUUGAAGAUAAUGCAUCUCCAGAGAGAUCCAUCAAUCUGUUCUACUGUCUGAAUGAACUGAAUGACCAAACUCUGGUGAAGCAGAUUCAAAAUCACCUGAGAGAAGGAAGUCUCUCAUCUGCUGACCUUUCACCUGCACAGUGGUCAGCUCUGGCCUUUGUGCUUCUGACAUCAGAGGAGGAGCUGGAGGAGUUUGAACUUCAGAAAUUCAAGAAAUCGGAUGAGUGUCUCUGUAGAUUAGUGCAAGUCGUCAAAACUGCCAAAAGAGCUUUGCUAAAUGAUUGUGACUUAACAGACAAAAGCUGUUCAGCACUGUCUACAGUUCUCAGAUCAGAGACCAAUCUGAAAGAACUGAACAUGAACAAUAAUAAUCUGCAGGAUUCAGGAGUGAAACUGCUCUGUACUGGACUGGAGAGUAUUAAGUGUAAAUUGGAGAUACUGAGGCUCAGUAAGUGUAAGCUAACAGAGGAAAGCUGUUCAGCUCUAGCUGCAGUUCUCAGUUCAGACUCCAGCAGUCUCAGAGAGCUUGACCUGAGCAAUAAUACUCUGAAGGAUUCAGGAGUGAAGCUGCUGUCAGUUGGACUGAAAAGUAACUGUAAACUGGAGAUACUCACAUUUUCUGACUGCAGUAUUACUGAAGAAGGAUAUAAAUCUCUGGCUUCAGCUCUGAAAUCAAACCCUUCACACCUGAUAGAGCUGGAUCUCAGAGGAAAUGACCCUGGAGAAUCAGGAGUGAAAAUGCUCUAUGAUUUACUAAAGGAUCCAAACUGUAAACUGAAACUGAGAUUUUUGAAAAGUGAAGCUGCAGAGAAAACCCUCAAGUAUUGGUCUGAAGUUCUUGGUGAAAAUCCUUUACUUCUGAGAGAGAUGAAUCUGAGUGAAUAUAAACUAGGAGAUUCAGAAGUGAAUCAGCUUGCUUCUCUACUGGAAGAUAAACACUGUAAAGUGAACAAACUGAUCCUUAAUAACAACUAUAUCACAGAAGAAGGUUGUGGUGCUCUGGCUUCUGCUUUCAAUUUAAACCCUUCAAACCUGAAAGAGCUGGAUCUGAGUGGAAAUAAACUUAGAGACUCUGGAAUGAAGAAUAUCUGCACUCUGUUUAAAAAUGUACAGUGUAGACUGGUGAAACUAAAGUUUAAUUUAAUCAGUAUUACAAAUGAAGGUUGUACUGCCCUGGCUUCAGCUUUAAAUUCAAACCCUUCAAACAUCAGGGAGCUGGAUCUGAGUGAAAAUAAUCUAGGAGACUCAGGAGUAAUGGAAAUCUCCACUCUACUGAAAAAUUCAGAAUGCAGACUGGAGAAACUGAGAAUGUCAGAAUGCAGUAUUACUGAAGAAGGAUAUAUAGCUCUGACUUCGGCUCUAAAAUCAAACCCUUCACACCUGGUAGAGUUGGAUCUCAGAGGAAAUGACCCUGGAGAAUCAGGAGUGGAGCUGCUCACUGAUUUACUACAGGAUCCAGAAUGUAAACUUACAACACUGAGGUUUUUGAAAAGUGCUACAGCAGAGGAAGGAUAUCAGUUCCUGACUGAAGAUCUUGGUAAAAACCCCUUACUUACAAGAAAGUUGGAUCUGAGCGGACAUAAUCUACGAGACACAAGAGUGAAGCAGAUUGCUGCUCUUCUGGGAGAUAAACACUGUAAACUAAACAUAAUUCAGCUGAAUAAUAACUGUAUUACAGAAGAAGAUUGUGGUACUCUAGUUUCAGCUUUUAAUUCAAAUCCUUCAAACCUGAAAGAGCUGGAUUUGAGUGGAAAUAAAAUAAGAAACUCAGGAGUGGAGAAGAUUUCUACUCUGUUGAAAAAUACACAAUUCAAACUGGAGAAACUAAAAAUGUCAGAAUGCAGCAUCUCUGAAGAAGGAUAUAAAUCACUAUCUUUAGCUCUGAGAUCAAACCCUUCACACCUGAUAGAGCUGGAUCUCAGUGGAAAUGACCCUGGAGAAUCAGGAGUGGAACUACUCAGUGAUUUACUGCAGAAUGGACACUAUAAGUUAAAUACUCUCAGAUUUUUGAAAAGUCCUGCUGCAGAGGAAGCAUGUGAGCAACUUGCUAAAGUUCUUAGAAAAAAUCCAUUACUGCUGAAAGAACUGGAUCUGAGUCAUAAUAAAUUAGGAGAUCUGGAUGGAGAGAAGCUCUCUGCUCUAUUGAUUGACUCUCAUAGCAAACUGGUGAAAAUGAAGUUGAAUAAUUGUGACCUGACAGAGAAAAGUUGUUCAACUCUAGCUACUGUUCUCUCCUCUGAUACUGUUCUGAAAGAGAUUGAUCUGAACAACAGUUCUCUGAUGGACUCAGGAGUGAAACAGAUCUGCAAGGGACUGAUGAGUCCUCUGUGUAAACUGAACAUUCUCAAGCUCAGUAAGUGUGAGUUAACAGAGGAAAGCUGUUCAGCUCUAGCUGCAGUUCUUAGUUCAGACUCCAGCAGUCUCAGAGUGCUUGACCUGAGCAAUAAUAAUCUGCAAGAUUUAGGAGUGAAGCUGCUCUCUGAUGGACUGGAAAGUAACUGUAAACUGGAGAUACUCAUACUUUCAAACUGCAGUAUUACUGAAGAAGGUUAUAAAACUUUGGCUUCAGCUCUGAAAUCAAACCUUUCACACCUGAAAGAGCUGAAUGUCAGUGGAAAUGACCCUGGAGAAUCAGGAGUGGAGCUGCUCUGUAAUAUACAACAGGGUCUUUACUGUAAACUGAAAACAUUGAGGUUUUUAAAAAGUCCUACUGCAGAAGAGGCCUAUAGGUAUUUUAAUAAAGUUAUUGGUAAAAAUGCUUUACUCCUGAGAGCACUGAAUCUGAGUGGACAUAAACUAGGAGACUCAAGAGUGAAUCAGCUCACUGCUCUACUGGAAGAUAAACACUGUAAACUCAACAUACUUCAACUGAAUAAUAACUGUAUUACAGAAGAAAGUUGUGGUGCUCUAGUUUCUGCUUUUAAUUCAAAUCCUUCAAACCUGAAAGAGCUGGAUCUGAGUGGGAAUAUAAUAAGAAACUCAGGAAUGAAGAAGAUCUGCAGUCUGUUUGGAAAUCCACAAUUCAAACUGGAGAAACUGAAAAUGUCAGACUGCAGUGUAACUGAAGAAGGAUAUAAAGCUCUGUCUUCAGCUCUGAAAUCAAACCUUUCACACCUGAUAGAGCUGGAUCUCAGAGAAAAUGACCCUGGAGAAUCAGGAGUGAAACUGCUCAAUGAUUUACUACAGGAUGGAUGCUGUAAAUUGAAGUUCAUCAGAUAUUUGAAGAGUUCUGAUGCAGAGGAAGCAUGUGAGCAUCUAACUAAAAUUCUAGGUAUAAAUCCAUUACUGCUGAAAGAACUGGAUCUGAGCCAUAAUAAACUUGAAAACUUUGAUGAGCUGAAGUUAUCUGAUAUGCUGAAGGACUCUCAUAGCAAACUGGAUAAAAUUAUGUUGAGUAAUUGUGACUUAACAGAGAAAAGUUGUUCAGCUCUAGCUAGUGUUCUCUCCUCUAAUGCCAUUCUGAAAGAGAUUGAUCUGAACAACAGUCCUCUGAAGGACUCAGGAGUGAAACGUCUCUGUGAGGGACUGAAGAAGUCUCAGUGUAAACUGAAGAGACUCAAACUUUCAAACUGCAGUAUUACUGAAGAAGGAUAUAAAUCUCUGUCUUUAGCUCUAAAAUCAAACCCUUCACACCUGAUAGAGCUGGAUCUCAGAGGAAAUGACCCUGGAGAAUCAGGAGUGAAACUGCUCUAUGAUUUACUACAGGAUACAAAAUGUAAACUGAAACUGAGGUUGUUACAAAGUCCUUCUGCAGAAGACGCCUGUCAGUAUCUGACUUCAGUUCUACAAGUUAAAUAUUCUUUGCUCCUGAGAGAACUGAAUCUGUGUGGACAUAAACUAGAAGACUCAAGAGUGAAUGAGCUCGCUGCUCUACUAGAAGAUAAACACUGUAAACUCAACAAACUUCAGCUGAGUAACUGCAUUACAGGAGAAGAUUGUGGUAAUCUAGUUUCUGCUUUAAAUUCAAAUCCUUCAAACCUGAAAGAGCUGGAUCUGAGUGGGAAUAAACUAGGAAACUCAGGAAUGAAGAAGAUCUGCACUCUGUUGAAAAAUACACAAGUCAGACUGGAGAAACUGAGAUUGUCAGAGUGCAGUAUUACUGAAGAUGGAUAUAAAGCUCUGUCUUCAGCUCUAAGAUCAAAUCCUUCACACCUGAUAGAGCUAGAUCUCAGUGGAAAUGACCCUGGAGAAUCAGGAGUGGAACUGCUCUAUGAUUUACUACAGGAUAGACAAUGUAAAUUAAAGAAUCUAAGGUUGUUAAAACGUCAUUCUGCAGAAGAAGCCCAUCAGUAUUGGACUAAAAAGUUUGGUAAAAAUCCUUUACUCCUGAGAGAGUGGAAUCUGAAUGGAUAUAAACUAGGAGAUGCAAAAGUGAAAGAGCUUGCUGCUCUACUGGGGGAUAAACACUGUAAACUCAACAAACUUCUGUUGUCUGAAUGCAAAAUAACAGAGAAAUGCAGUCAUGAUCUGGCUUCAGCUCUGUCUUCAAAUAUUUUACACCUGAAAGAGUUGGAUCUGAGUAAAAAUAAACUGGGCAACACAGGUGUGAAGCACUUUGGGGCUGUACUGCGGAAUUCAGACUGCAAACUGGAGAAACUAUGGUUAAAAGAGUGUGAUAUGACAGAUGAAGGUUGUUCUGCUUUGACUUCAGCUCUGAAUUCAAAUCCAUCACAUCUGAGACAUCUGAACCUGAGUGGGAAUAAACUAGGGGACUCAGGAGUUGGCCACCUGUGUGAUCUACUGAGAAAUUAUCAAUGCCAGCUGGAAAAACUAGAGAUGUGUGAAUGCAGUAUUACAGAGAAACAGUGUGGCAACCUGACUUCAGCUCUGUGUUCAAACCUUUCAUAUCUGAGAGAACUCAGCCUCAGUGGAAAUAAACUAAAAGACUCAGGAUUGCAGGACUUUUGUAAUGUACUGAAACAUUCACACUGCAAACUGGAGAAAUUGAGCUUAAAUAAAUGUGACAUUACAGAUGUUGCUUCUUUGGCUAAGACGAAAGCAGUGUGUUUACUAAAGGAGCUUGAUCUGAGUAACAAUAAAAUUGGAGACUCGAAGCAACUCCAAGAAGUGGUUAAAGGCUCAAAUUGUAACCUGAAAAUAGACAGUGGAAGUUGGUGGCCAUUUUCCACAUCUAAAAAGGAAUCUGUGGAAACAACAAAACAGGAAGGGAACAAGGUCUCACCAUCACCCGAGGGAGCCUCAAAAGAGGGAACAGACAGUGGAAGUUGGUGGCUAUUUUCCACAUCUAAAAAGGAAUCUGUGGAAACAACAAAACAGGAAGGGAAUAAGGUCUCACCAUCACCCGAGGGAGUCUCAAAAGAGAAAGAGGACCAAGAAGGCCCUGGUCAGAGAACAGAUGUGUCGGAUCAGAAGGGGACUACAGUAUAAUGCCGAACCUUGUGUUAUUGGGAUUAAACUAAUCCAUAAUAACGCAAUUCACUGUUGCUAAUCAUCAGUAUUAUUGUAAAGACUGUAUGUAAAAAAAUAGCCUAACAGUGUUUUUAUAAGUAAUUAUCGGGAUGCAGUUGUAUGUAUCGAGCAUGCACAAGUGUUUGACUGACUUGUACUUUUAAAUUUAGAUUAUAUAGUCCCUUUGCAGUCUUCAGCUGUAACUGAGAGCUCAAAGUUUAACGUGUGUGUAAGUGUUACUAAUGAUAUUACUACAGGAGUAGUGAUAUUAUGUUCGGCACAGAAGCUUGUAUUAAAAGAUUACACUGAAAUCCACAUUUGCCAUAUCUUCAUAACACAUACGUAAUCAAAACUUAUUCAGUUUUGUGAGCCGUCUAGUGCCCCCUUGUGUAAAGAAAACUUUGUGUCUCACACAAUAGGUUAUUUCUGACAACAUUUGGGUCAAUAUCAAAAUAUGUUGACAAACAUGUCACUUGACUUUUUUUAAAAUAUGAAUAUGAAUGGUGAAUACCCCAGUACUCCCUGUUUCUCUUGAUGCAUGCUCCUCGGUUCACCUCAGCACUCCCUAUUCCACAAAUUGUCUGCAUCAAAUCAUGCAUUGUCAGACUCUGUUCUAUUAAAAGCAUUAACUGAUUAUUCCUUGACACAGACAAAUCAUGCAUUGUCUGACUCUAUUCUAUUAAAAAACAUUAACAGAAAGGGCCUUACAGAGAGAGACUGUAAUUCUCCCAAGAGAAGCUGCAUUUUUCCAUUGAUUUGCUCAUUGAUUAUUAAACUGAGUAAAUUAUAAUGAAAUCAAUAAAUUAAUGAUUAAAUAUACAACAUAUUGAAUAACAUUCAUAAUGCAGUUAUUCAUAGUACAUUGAUUACACAUUGUCAUUUUUAGAUCAUUGCAUAUUGCAUACAUGUUAAUGCAAUCAUCAAAAUAGACUAACUGAAUGAUUAAAUGAAAAUAUACUAUAUGCUUCAGCUUAUUCAAUGCACAAUUGCCUCUUCAGUGGAUAGUUUGGUAACUGCGUGCGUGUUUUUUUAUGUGUCCAUUUGUUCUCGACAAUCUUGUUUAUUUUUUGCCAGAAUUAAACUUGGUAAGCAGAAGGUUGCUGGUUCAAUCCCCACAGCCACCACCAUUGUGUCCUUGAGCAAGGCACUUAACUCCAGGUUGUUCUGGGGGGACUGUCCUUGUAAUAAGUGCACUGUAAGUCGCUUUGGAUAAAAGCGUCUGCCAAAUGCAUAAAUGUAAAUGUAAACUUUUAUUGGGCCUUAUGUAUUCAGAUAGAAGACAAAGGCAGGCCUAACAGUCAUAAAAACAUUCCUCAAGCCCCCUCCUUCUAAGUCGUAAAUUUUACUGAUAAAAAUCGCACCAAAAUCAAACAAAGGGAGUCCAAAACAGACUACAGAUCCAUGAAGCCUUGCCCUCUAAAGGAUCGAGCUCUCAACUCCUAUUGGAUGAGGCACACCACAGAACAUCCCUCAAACAUGACAUCAUCAGGACUUCAAAUAAUUCUGAAAUGCUUCCAGAGUGGCUUCCAGCGACUUAGUUCACCGAAUACGGACGUAGCUUUUUGCUGCUCUCCGGUGCAGCCUCGUGGCAUAAGGAAGUAAUGUCCGACUUGAAACUGUAGCCAUACAAUCUCCAUCUCGCUGAACGAGCUGAGAUUACUCUGUGUUCAACCGAACACUCUAACGGAUCCGAAGGAGACCGCCGAGCAAUUCGCAUCUUCAUCCAUUGGCCUACAGAAGUGAAGAGAUUAAAGAUUUCUCUUCCAUCUUCAAUCAAGUCAACAUUUCUGAGUUCUCCGCCAGCCCGCCAAGAAUCAACAGCUGUACCGCCCUCUGAGAAUCAACAGCUGUACCGCCCGCUGACAGAGCGAGGAAACGGCCUCUCGUCAUCACACGAGCCUCAAGGAACCGGGUCAAAGUUAAAGGACGGAGGAAAACACAUUCUACCUGUGUCCUCAUGCGAUUCAAGUAAGAGGUUACGUCUGGGCAGAGAUAGAAUAUUAUAGUGUGUUAUUCUUGUGUUUCAAGGUUUUUUGCUUGUACAGUUUACGGAUCGCCAUGUCCGCUCAUUAUUAAUACACAGGGUAUUAAUUAUCACGAAUUUGUUUGCUGUAUUGUGGUCCAACUAAAUUGGAUUGUUGUGCAUUUUCGCCAUUGCGGGUGAGACAGAAACUGAGUUCAUCCAUUAGAGUCAAAUAACACAGGACUUUUACGAGCCCCGCUUGUAAAACCGCGUCUCUGAGUGAUGAACACGGCUGCUUUAUCUCCAGCUAUCGUGAAAUCAGCUUUCGGGCUGUCACUUAAUAAUCUCUCUCUCUCACUAACCACACUGACACACACACACCUUAUAUGUUAUAGGAUUCUUUUUAUUUCCAUAUCUAAUCAUAUCACUGUUUAGUUUGUAGUUGUAAGUUGUAAGUUUAUUGACUGCAUUGUAUUA